GUUUUUCUUCAGAACUCUGGUUGUCACUGGGAAAAACUACUUUCAUGCCCAGCCUAACGCGCUCCUUUAUUCUGACUGCAUUCCAGUCCCGAGGGUUUCGCUUUAGGCUAUUUAAGAGCCCCGGAGAACACUGUUCCCAGGUCAGCGCUAAAUAACUGGCUUCCACCCUGCUUCUCCCCCUCGCGCGCGCCUGCUCGUGUCGCCUCCCUCCUUCGCUCCUGUGGGCUGGAUCAGUCCUCCGCGAGCUUAUCAGCAGCUGCACUUUCACAGGAGCUUCGUAUUUACAGGUUGUACAAGGUGUGUAAGGCGCAGUUGACCCGAAUAGCCACAGCAGCUGCUGACCAGUUGGAUGAGAGGCUGACGGACCAGGCUGCAUCAGAAAUGCCCCACGCGAUGGCAAUCAAAGGCGAGCACGCUGAAGGCAAGUGUCCGAAACCUUGGACUGGACUGGCGCUGACCUCCUUCGCCAAGUCGCACCCGGAGAACGCGCUGAACCGUCUCGGAGGAAUGUUCCGGUGGAAAAAGAAGACGUUAAACAUCUCCAGUGAUGACCCUACGUAUAGCGUUAUUUACCUGGGCAAUUCCACAACCAUCCAAGCGAAAGGAGAAGGCUGCACCGAUGUCGCCAUCCGCAAAAUAUGGAACAAAAGCGAGAUGGGGAGAAACGGUACGAAAAUGCGCCUCACCAUCAGCUCGCACGGGAUACGGAUGGUGCACGUGAAUGAAAAGGCGAAGAAGCCGGGACAUCUGUACUUGCUGCAUCGAGUUACAUACUGCGUCGCAGACCCGAGACUUCCCAAGAUAUUUGCGUGGAUCUACAGACAUGAGAUCAAGCACAAAGCAGUACUGCUGAGGUGUCACGCCGUGUUGGUCUCCAAACCCGAAAAGGCGAAAGCGAUGGCGCUGCUCUUGUACCAAACCUCAAAGACCUCGCUGGCCGAAUUCCAGAGACUAAAACGCCGGGAAGACGCAAGGCACCAGCAGCAGUUUCUCACCGGGGAGAGGACCGUUCCGCUCCUCCCCAUGAGGAAACUCAUGAACGGACAGUGCCUGUACAAACCUUCCGUGGAGCGCAGCCGCAGCGCUCCAAAACUCUGCUCCAUCACCGAAGACUCGGUCGGCGAAGAGGAGGAAGAACGGACCAUGUUGUUCGACGAAUACCUGGACAGGGAGUGUUUCGACGAGAGUAAAGACGAACUGAGUCUAAUCAUCAGUGAUCUCGGGGAGCUCUGCAUCGGUAACGACGUAAAGUCACUGAAGGCCGACAUGCAGGUGACGCGGCUGCUUUCUGGCGAGAGCACGGGCAGCGAGUCGUCCAUCGACAGCAGCGGAGAGUUUAGUUCUGGCACCGAUUCUGACGAAGGAGCAGAAGACAAACCCGCGGAAACAAGAUGACGGAGAACUGAAUUGAAUUUCAUUUUUCAGCAAUUGUAUCGUUUAUUCUUUCUUAUUUUAUUUGCUGUGGCGCGUAGAUGUAUUGUUGUUUUUUUAAAUAUAUUUUCUAGGGGUUUUUCCACAUUAUCCAUAUUACUGUAGUUGAACUGGUAGGCUAUACACCUGGUAUACAACUGGUAGUCGCAUUAGUAGCAUUAAUACAUAUAUUUGCUAUGCAAAAAUUACAAA